AUGAUUGCCACGGUUUCUGAUUCCGGUUGGAUAAAUGAGUCCAUUUUUCUUGAUUACUUGCGACACUUUAUUUCUUUCGUAAAACCUACCAAAGAAGAACCAGUAUUAUUAAUACUUGAUAAUCACGAAAGUCAUAUCAGCCUGGGAGCAUACAAGCUUUUUCGAGAACAUUACUUGCAAGUUCUUUCUUUGCCUCCCCAUGUAUCUCACAAAAUGCAGCCACUAGAUCUCACAAUCUUUAGUUCACUGAAGAUAGCAUACAAUAAGGAAUGUGAGUUGUACAUGGUUAAAAUCCUGGGAAACGAAUAUACCCAAUACGAGAUAUGGAGAACUUUUUACAAAGGCGUAAAUAAAACAGCUAAAAUAAGCAAGGCUGUCAGUGGAUUUAGAGCCGCUGGAAUUUAUCCUAUUAAUCCUGACAAAUUUAAAGACAUCUUUGAGAAUAUGACAUCUAAUCAAUCCUACAUCAGUCAGAUUCAAGAAUGCGAUGCUCAUAAAACUACAGCUGAGCAAAGUUUAAAUUUAUCCGAUAACACUGUCAGCCAAAGUAAAAUGUAA